UGGUACGUGCCAAGAUGGCGACCCCCAUAGUGCGGCGAGGAUUCCUUCUGCUGCGAAAAGUGGUUCUGCCUCAACUAUCCCCGGCAGGUAAAAGAUGCCUGCUUUCUGCAGCAUAUGUGGACAGCCACAAAUGGGAAGCAAGAGGAAAAGAACGAUAUCACCUUGCUGACCUGGCAUCUUUAAUGGAUAAAACAUAUGAGAGAAAGUUGCCUGUUAGUUCUUUAACAAUAUCACGGUUUGUGGAUAACAUUUCAUCUCGAGAAGAGGUAGACCAUGCAGAAUAUUACCUUUACAAAUUUCGGCAUAGCCCCAACUGCUGGUACCUGAGAGAUUGGACUAUCCACACUUGGAUUAGGCAGUGUCUAAAAUAUGGUGCCCAAGACAAAGCCUUAUAUACCCUUAUAAAUAAGGUUCAAUAUGGCAUUUUUCCAGAUAACUUUACAUUCAAUCUGCUGAUGGAUUCUUUCAUAAAGAAAGAAAAUUACAAAGAUGCUUUAUCGGUGGUUUUCGAGAUUAUGAUGCAAGAGGCCUUUGACUUGCCGUCCACCCAGCUUCUCUCCCUUUUUGUUUUAUAUCAUUGCCUGGAACAGAAGACAGACUUGAGUUGGGAAGAGGAGAGGAACUUUGGUGCAUCCCUAUUACUUCUAGGCCUGAAACAAAAGAACACAGUGGGUUUGAGUUCCCAGUUGUAUGCCUACGCACUUCUUGGGAAGGUAGAAUUGCAGCAAGGGCUACGGGCCGUAUACCAUGACAUGCCCCUGAUAUGGAAACCAGGCUACCUUGACAGAGCCCUUCAAGUGAUGGAGACAGUGGCCUCCUCCCCAGAAGACAGAAAGCUGUGCAGAGAAGCGCUUGACGUGCUGAACGGGGUGCUGAAGGCUCUGACUUCUCCAGCAGACAAGGCUUCAGAGGAACAGUCCCAGGAAGGUGAAGACAACCAGGGGUCAGGAAAAGUGAUGGAGCAGUUGGACAUAGAGGAAACAGAACAGUCCAAGCUUCCCCAAUACCUGGAACGAUUUAAGGCCUCACACUCUCAGCUUCAGGCUCUGGGCAAAGUGGAGUCAGAAGGCCUUCUGACUCUGACCACACAGCUUGUCAAAGAAGAGCUCCCCACCUGCGAAGCAGAGGACAUCGCCACCUACGAGCAGAAACUGCAGCAGUGGAAUGAGGAGCAGGCACAGCUGGUUCAGAGGGAACAGGAGCAGAGGGAGAGAGCAAAACAGGAGUACCAGGCUAAGAGAGCAGGAACAGGGGCUGAGAGGGCAGGAAAGGCAGCUGCCUGACCAGGCCCUGGGCCUCCCGCAAGAACUUCACCUGAGCCGUCCCAGGCUGAGAGUGGCUGCAGCAGCAGCCUCAGCUUCCUCCGUCCGUCUCCUCUUCUUUAGCAGGCGGUGUUCUAUGUAUCAAGGAACCACGGCUCCCAUCCUGAUGCCAAGAAGGCUGUGCAACAAUGAAAGGGGCAAGUGGCCAGAGCGAAGCCACCAGCUCCAUUUUGUGAGAAGCUAUGGCUGAAGAGUCUGGUCUCAAGCACAGACUUUUGGAUCAUCUCCCUCCCCCCAUCCCAGGCACCAGGCCACGGUGACCUGUGUGUCCUGAGCCCUGGAGCCCCCAAGGCUCCUCUCUGAGCGAGGCCCCACUCUCUCACACACCCCCACUCCUUUCCACCAGUCUCACCCUCCUAGACCUGCCCUGAGAGAAGUUCAGGUGAGAAGUGACCUCAAGGCAGUGAGCACACUAGAUUUCACAUUUCAGGCAUACAGUGACAUUUUUAGAAUGUAGGGGCUUCCGAGGAGAAAGUGGCCCUAGCUGGGCCUUCUGGACUUGGCUUCUUCAUCAUGCUGGGAUGACUAUUUUUAUUCCCCUAAGUGUUGUCUCAGUUCCUUUACUGGGUAGGUAAAAUGAGCCUUUGUGCAUGCACACACACAACUUGUGAAGACAGGUUUUAGUUAGAUUGGAGAAAAUAAGAGAUGGGAUGAGGUUAUGAGUACUGUGAAAUCAUCAGGAGGUGGAAGACUGUUUUCUGAAAUUUCUCUUCUGGGGAGGGGUCAGGAGCUUUCGCUUGUUUUACAAUGUUGUCUUUCAGUCCGUGGUGUUUUUUUUUCCCCCCAGGAUUGUGCUCUUUUAUCAAAACCUAUGGAAAUAAAUGUUCUGGGAUUA